AUGGCGAUUCUACAUUAUCUCGAAUUCAUCAUCGGCCGACUGCUAUACCCAAUCCGUGGCCAUGAUUCAGGCCAGAUCAUUCACUGCUCGGCCUUCAAAGACAUGCCCGAGCCCAACAUGACCCUCGAAUCACCCGAGGCCGGCCCCUCGGGCUCCAAGCUACCUCUCCACUGUACCUGCAAGGCAGUUGAUGGCAAGGGCUGUCUUCCAGAGUUACUCUGGACUGCUCCCAACUGCCAGGAGGAAGUCAAGGAGUAUGUACUCCUCUGUGAAGACCUCGAUCCACCGAUCCCAUUCCUCGUCUUUCAUCACGGCCUGAUCUGGGCAAUUCCACCCUCGACUACCAAGGCCGAAGCGGCCAAUCUCCACCCCGAUGAACACGCCAAGGUUUCCCGCCUGACCGUUGCUGGCUGGCGCUUUGUGCCCAACAUCCUUGGACUACCAUAUGUCGGUGCUGGCGCACCCCUUGGCCACGGAAAACAUCGCUACGUCUUCACCAUUAUUGCCCUCAAUGAGUCGCUCAAGUUCAAGUACCCUGAGAACGCGACCAAGAAGGAUAUCAAGCGCGCUAUUACGGGAAGGGUUAUCGGAUGGGCACAGUGGACUGGAACCUUUGAAAAGCCCUGGCCCAACUAG